AUGAAUGGACGUCCGAUGCAGGCCUUUCGCACGCAUAGCCGCGGAUCUGGUGGUUAUCUUACAUUCGACCUCAACGGCUGUGAAGUCGGCAUUGUGAAUGUUAAGGCAAGUGCGACAGCACCAAGACUAAGUUACAGAAGGUUUUUCCACAACACUUACGGUCAGUUGGAGAAUUCCGCGUACAUCGCCGGGGCCCGCUUUUUUGUUCAGCGAUUGCGUUGUCGUGUAUUCAGUUGCAUGGCGAGCGUUGGACAAACGAGGUUGAAAAGCUGGACUUCCAAAUCGGGUAUCUACAAAAAGAUCGGAAAUGGACACAGUACUGGUGACUUCUAUGGGGAUGGGAAUGGCCAAAUAUGGUCGAUCGUGAGCAAAAUUCAGCCACUGGAUCUGCAUAUAUGCAAGUGCUUGGUCUGCACCGAUCAAUCGGUGGACCACCUACCACCAUUGGCCGCUUUGAGUGUACUUCACGGCAAUCCCUCCGGUACCCUCGUGCUGCUGCUGCGGCAUGGUGUGCGCGUUUGCCUGUUGCGUCUGCAUGGUCAGAAGAAAGCGACUACCAUCUGCAGUAUCUGA